UGGUGUCUGCGAGAACUUACGGAAACUGGAGAUCACAGGAGUGUCCUGUCGAGAUGUCUAUGCCAAACGUAUAAAUCCACGAGUGAAGUCGGGGCGUUUUAUGAAAAUCCUUCCCGACUACGAACACAUGGAGUACAGAGAUGUUUACACCUGCCUGCUGCACCGAUACCGACACAUCUUGGGACUGUGGCAGCCAGACAUUGGGCCGUACGGGGGACUGCUGAACGUGGUGGUAGAUGGCUUGUUUAUCAUUGGCUGGAUGUACUUGCCCCCUCAUGACCCUCACGUGGAUGACCCAAUGAGGUUCAAGCCCCUUUUCCGGAUUCACUUAAUGGAGAGGAAAAGUGCGACUGUCGAGUGUAUGUACGGCCACAAGGGGCCCCACAAUGGCCAUAUCCAGAUCGUAAAGAAGGACGAAUUCUCCACGAAGUGCAACCAGACAGAUCACCAUCGAAUGUCAGGAGGAAGGCAGGAGGAAUUCCGGACGUGGCUGAGGGAAGAAUGGGGCCGGACUCUGGAGGAUAUCUUCCAUGAGCACAUGCAAGAGCUCAUCUUGAUGAAGUUCAUCUACACCAGCCAAUACGACAACUGCUUGACGUACCGACGCAUCUACCUCCCUCCUAGCAGCCCUGACGACCUCUUAAAGCCAGGUCUCUUCAAGGGAACUUACGGGAGCCACGGCUUGGAGAUUGUCAUGCUGAGUUUUCAUGGGAAGAAAGCCAAAGGGACUAAAAUAACCGGAGAUCCCAAUAUCCCAGCUGGCCAGCAGACGGUGGAGAUCGACCUGGCGCACCCCAUCCAGCUCCCUGACAUCGAGAACCUGCGCAACUUCAAUGAGCUCUCCCGCAUCGUCCUGGAGGUGCAGGAGCAGGUGCGCCGGGAGCAGCAGGAGGAGGAGGAGGAAGGGCAGGACGAAGAGGAGGGCCGCUCCCGACAGGGUGACUCGCAGCAAGCAGAGCAGCCUGCGCAGAAGGACGAUGCUGGGGCUGAGGGGACUGAGGCGGCGGGGGCAGCAGCAGCCCAGGAGUCGGCGCCAACCUCACAGCCUUUCGUGCUGCCCGUGGGAGUCAUAUCAAGGAACGAGGAUUAUCCCCGGACCUGCCGGAUGUGUUUUUAUGGCACGGGGCUCAUUGCUGGACAUGGCUUCACCAGCCCUGAACGAACGCCGGGCAUCUUCAUUCUCUUCGAUGACGAUCGUUUCGGGUUCAUCUGGCUGGAGCUGAAAUCCUUCAGCCUCUACAGCCGGAUCAAGGUCUCUUUCCAGAACGCCGAGGCGCCGUCCCGAGAGGCCUUCGAUGAAAUGCUCAAAAACAUUCAGUCGAUGACUACUUGACAGGCGGCCCCUGGUGG